UUUUUUUUUAAAUAUUAUAUAAUAUAAUCGAAAAUCAAAUAAAAUCUAUUAUAGAAACGAAUUUUCAAAUAUUUACUUUUAAUAUGAAAUUGAAAAGAAAUAAGAUAAAAAUGAUAUUAAUAAUAAUAAAUUGUAUAUUAUUAUUAUUAACAACUGCAUUUAAUAUUAGUAAACAAUGUAAAAUUUAUGAAAUGACAACAGUAAAUUGUCAUUGCAUCGGAAACGAGGAAUUUUUCUUGCCGGAAGGAUACAAUUAUGAAAAUGUAACAAGUAUACGAAUUACAUCUUGUACUAUUGUAAACCUUCAUUUUUCCAGUUUAACGGAAGCGAAUAAAAUAACAGAAAUAAUUGUGCAAAAUAUUAGUGAACGUUUGAUCUUUGAACUAUUUUUAACAUCGAAAAAAAUAAAAAAACUAAAAUUAUCAAAAAUUCAACGAAUACCAUUAAUUACUCAUGACACAUUCGUUAGAUUAAACAGCAUCGAAACGCUUCGUAUUGAGGACACACGAAUUGAUAAUUUUGAAGAACAAUUUACUGAUAUAGCAAUAACCAACUUUUCUAUGAUCAAUGUUACAAUUGAACGUAUUCAUGAGUUAAAUUUUUUAGAACGAGGUGAAAAUCUAUAUAUUAAAAAUAGUGAAUUUCAAAAUGUUACUGGUUCAUUGAAUUUCGCAUAUUUUUCAACGGUAAAUAUUCUUCAUUCCAAGUUUCAGUUACAAAAACCUGGUUAUAUAUUGAUCGAGGGGAAUAUCAUUUGUAUUGAAAACUGUAUUUUUUCAAAUUCGAGUGCAAAUAUAGUUGCGACAGAUAGCAUUAAAAUAAGCAGUAUUUGUGCAGAUGGAAAAAGCUCUAUGAGACUCUUAUCAAAUAAUAUUAAAAGCAUGAAUAAUCGAUUGCCUACUGAAAUCAUUUAUACAAAGAAUAAAGAUAAAUUAGAACAUUUUUUUUACCGAAAUAAUACGGUAUGUAUCGCUGGAAAUUGUAAAUGUCCAAAAAGUAAUGGUCAAACUAUGCACUUGAUAAAUUUAUUUCUCGCAUUUACUUUUCAAUAUUUAUUACCAAUUAUUAGUCUGGAAUCAAUGUUCUUUUAAUUUCAUAUAAAA